AUGGGAGGGUCCGGGAAGUGGGUCAAGUCCCUCAUAGGGCUCAAGAAGCCGGACAGGGAGGAUUGCAAGAACAAGCUGCAGCUCCCAUCUAUCCAUGGAGCAGCGGGCAAGGGCCGGAAGUGGAAGCUCUGGAGGAGCUCCUCCGGCGACCACGGGUCCCUGUGGCGCGGCUCCAAGGGCGGCAGCCACCGAUCCGCCGCGGAGUCCGAGGCCUCCGACGACGCAUCCUCGCUGGCCGCCGCCGCCGCCGACAUGUUCUCCGCCGCACUCGCCACCGUCGCCCGUGCGCCGGCCAAGGACUUCAUGGCCGUCCGCCAGGAGUGGGCCUGCAUCCGCAUCCAGACCGCCUUCCGAGGAUUCCUGGCGAGGAGGGCGCUGCGGGCGCUCAAGGGGCUGGUGCGGCUGCAGGCCAUCGUGCGCGGCCGCCAGGUGCGCAAGCAGGCGGCGGUGACGCUCCGGUGCAUGCAGGCGCUCGUCCGCGUGCAGGCGCGCAUCCGGGCGCGCCGCGUGCGCAUGUCCACCGAGGGACAGGCCGUGCAGAAGCUCAUCCAGGCGCGCCGCACCAAGCUCGACAUCCUCCGCGAAGCAGAGGAAGGAUGGUGUGACAGCCAGGGAACUCUGGAGGAAGUGAGGGUGAAGCUGCAGAAGCGGCAGGAAGGAGCAAUCAAGCGCGAGCGGGCUAUCGCCUACGUGUACUCGCAGCACAUCGAAGGCGUUCCGAAAUGCAAUCAACCGAAGAACAGCAAUGGUCGGUCCAACCAGUCCGGUCUCCUGCUCAAGCACCAGCACUGCGACAAGAACAACGGCAGCUGGAGCUGGCUGGAGAGGUGGAUGGCGGCGAGGCCGUGGGAGAACAGAUUGAUGGAGGAGCACAACCAGACCAACAGCACCAGCUCGCCGGACCUUGUGCCCUCCAAGAAAUGCGAGGAUUCCUUCGGUGCUCUAGGGGACUUCUCAGAACCAAACUCGGUGAAGGUGAGGAAGAACAAUGUGAGCAAAAGGAUCAGCGCGAAACCGCCUGGAGCGAUACACCAUCAGCGGCUCAAAGCUCAGUCAAUAUCUUCCCUGAGCACCGAUUUGCACAAUGACGAGAGCUCUGCAUCUUCAUCUUCGUGCUUUGCGUCCACUCCGGUGUCGUUCUCCACCUUGCUCACACCGGAGAAGACCGAUGGCAGCACCAGGGCGAGACCAAACUACAUGAGCUUGACGGAGUCCAUCAAGGCGAAGCAAAAGCCUUUCGGUGCCCAGAGAACAACGGUAUCGAAAGCCUUAGAUGAUAGGAAGGCCUUGAGUGUCGACAUGAAGGUUGCGAAGGCGUAAACCUGCCAUGUUCAUCAGUCUCCAAGAAGAGAUGAAGCCAAUUUUCUAGCUCUCUCUAGGGUGUUUUUGGGUGGGUUGCUCCAUCCUUCGGUGUCUUGGUGCUGCAUUCUUGAGCAGUUUGUGUGUUGCUGG